AUGAAGCCUGUUGCCACAUCGCCUGAACAGCUCACCUCACAGGUACAUCGGCUGUCGUUCGCUUCACCCCGUCUUGAGAACCCUGGCUGUUUAGCUCCAGGCGAGGAUGUCAAAAGAUCAAACCCUGCGAUGUUCGUGACCACUGAUGCCCGAUCUGCAACCAGUCCGAUAGCCCCCAGCGUCCCGCAAGAGGUAGUCUGCCUGACCUUUGCGGCUGGUGACGUUUGCCCAGCCUCAUCGCUUAGGACAGGCGCUAUCCGUUGUAUCGGACUGCAAUGUGCCCUCGCUCAUUCUCCCUCCCUCGAGGACCUGCCAAACGAGGUUUUGUUUCACAUUAUGGGUUUCCUGGACGUCAACGACCUUCUGUCAACGUCGAGAACAAGCCAUCUCCUUCGCGAUAUUUCUCAAGCCCCUAUUUUACACCAUUAUCGGCUUCAGCGAGCCCGGGUUAACCUUCCAUCACGCCUAUCGUCACCAUCUCGUCCAACACUGGCUGAUCUCAUUGCUCGUUCAAUCUUCAUGACACAUACUUCCAUAGUUUCACGAAAGUUAGCCCGAUCCUUGGUCUCAAUCCGACUCUCUCGCCGCUUGGCAGCUAGGCCCUCAGCCGCGGCUCUGGUUGAGCGUUCUGUUCUACCCAAAGAGUGCGUGCCUGGUAUGGCGUCAGUGCAUGUGGCACCAGCAAUUGUUGCCAAGAAGAAGGCAAUCGAGAAAGAGAGAGUCAAGGACGGGUUGCGACAGUGGAUUGCAUCCAGGUGGAAGCGUGAAGUCAAAGAGCGCCAAGAUGGCGUGAGAAGAUGGGAGGAGAGCCGCGGUAUAGGACGCGUGUGGCGCCUCCGUAGGUUUUGGGAAAGAGUUAGUCGUGGCGAGGAGACACAGUUCUUGGUAAGUCAGUGA